CUUGUCGUGCAUAUAUAAAUAUAUAUAUAUAUAUAUAUAUAUAUAUAUAUAUAUACUGCGUACAGAAAUCUUUCCUUUCUUCUUCUUCCUCCAACCAUGAGCUCUCUUUUGCCACUGGCCUCCUCCCUCUGCCUCCUGCUUCUGCUCUCAUUUCUCACAGGGAAACAAGUGGUCGAGGGCCACGGAGAAGACCACAGCCAUCGUCAUCACCAUCACCACCACCACCACCACACGCAUCUUAGCAACAGACAUGCCUACACUUUCUGGCCGACAAAGCUGUUCGUGUUCGGGGACUCCUAUGCUGAUACUGGUAACAACAGGAAGUCCGAGAGCUCUUGGAAGAUUCCUUAUGGCAUCACCUUUCCGGGCAAGCCCGCCGGCCGCUUCUCCGAUGGCCGUGUUCUGACCGACUUCAUUGCCAAGUCAUUUGGACUGAAGUCUCCGGUCCAGUACCAGUGGAGGAAGCUGAUCGGUACCAAGUACCUCGAGCAUGGGAUGAACUUUGCCUAUGGAGGGUCAGGUGUGUUCGAUACGCUAGCACCGUACCCGAACAUGACGGCUCAGAUUGAUCUGUUCGAGCAGCUGCUCAAAGACGACACCUUUUGUGCCGCCAAUGUGAAUUCUUCUUUGACCGUAGUGACCCUCUCCGGCAACGACUACAGUGCUUACAAAGCCAAAAACGGAAACGUUGUGAGCCUGCGGGCAUUUAUAAAUACAGUCAUUCGACAACUCGGAGCGAACCUGAGGCGCUUAUACGAGCUGGGUACAAGGAAGGUGGUGGUGGCGGCACUCCAGCCCUUGGGGUGCCUUCCCUCGAGCACAGUUGCAACCUCCUUCCAGAAGUGCAAUGAAGAAGUGAACUUGCUCGUCGGCCUCCACAACCAGCUCCUCCAUCAAGCCGUGGCUUAUCUGAACACUCAGACCGCUUCCUCUACUUUCGUCGUGGCGGAUAUCUACAGCUCUUUCUUGUCGGUGCUUAAUAACGGCACAGGACAUGGACAAUCCAAGUUCGAGAACCCAUUGAAGCCAUGCUGUGUGGGCGUCAGUAAGGACUUCAACUGCGGGAGCAUAGAGAGGAAUGGGACGAAGAUGUAUACGGUUUGCGAGGAUCCGAAAUCGAGCUUCUUCUGGGACUCGGCCCACCCGACCGAAGCAGGGUGGCGUGCUGUAUACUCGAGUCUCUCGUCCACUCUUCGGCAACUCUAAGGCUGAUCUAGCUAGUGCCGUGUUUUAACUUUUGUGAUCAUAAUCAAGUAAUUUUGUCGAGACGAUGUGUUAAGUUCGAUUCGUUGGUUGUUCUUGAUCUAUCUUCUCUAGCACAAUGUCGUCGUUCAUUUGGUUCACGUAUAUAUCUUCACUAAGGUUUGAUAA